AUCCUUCAGAUCCCCACAAACCCAAACGCUCGUAAAUUUCAAAUUUCAAACCCAAACCCUCUUCUCUCUCUCUAACGGUCCUUUCAAUUCGACCAUGUCCUCCUCCGCCGCCGCCGCCGUCGAUCGUCCUCCGGCCACCACCACCACCACCCGCCGCGACGCCUCCUACAGCCGAAAGCAGAAGUCCCUGAGCCUCCUCUGCUCCAAUUUCCUCAGCCUCUACAACCGCGACGACGGCGCCACUGCCCUGAUCGGCCUAGACGACGCCGCCUCCCGCCUCGGCGUCGUCCGCCGCCGGAUCUACGACAUCGUCAACGUGCUGGAGAGCGUCGGACUGCUGUCAAGAAAGUCCAAGAACACGUACACGUGGAAGGGUUUCGGCGCGGUCCCUAACGCCCUGAAGGAGCUCAGAGAAGAAGGCCUGGAUCUGACUCCGAUCCCGGCGGCCUGCAAUAACAACCCCCUGGAUGAGACCAAGAGGGAAAAGUCUCUGGCGCUUCUGGCGCAGAAUUUCGUGAAGCUGUUCGUGUGUACCGGAUCGGAAUCGGAAUCGAUUUCUCUUGAUGAAGCUGCAAAAUUACUGCUUGGAGUUGGAGAUGCUCACAAUGUAUCAGUGAUGAGGACAAAGGUGAGGAGGAUCUAUGACAUUGCGAAUGUGUUAUCGUCGGUGAAUUUGAUUGAGAAGACUCAUACGGCGGAUACAGGGAAGCCGGCGUACAGGUGGUUGGGGCUGAAUGGGAGAAGAGAUGGUUUGAAUUUGAAUUCGGAGCUGAAUUCGGAGCAGGCUAAGAAGAGGAGCUUUGGGACAGAUCUGACGAAUGCGAGUAGUAAGAGGAGCAAGGUUGUGGAGAAGAGAGUUCAAGAUCAGGGUGAGGUUGAGAACUGCAAUUCGGAUGGCGGUGGUGGGGCGAAGGAGAGUUCGAAGAGCUACCAGUUUGGUCCUUUCGCUCCGGUGGCGGUUCCAAGAGCUAGGAAGGGUGUUGACGUCAACAAGGUUUGCUGGGAGAGUCUGGGGGCUUAUUAUCGGCCUCAGUAUCAGAACCAAGCGAUGAAGGAGCUGUUUUCGCAUUAUAGGGAAGCGUGGAUGUUGUGGAACUCUCAAGUUGCUGAGAAGAAUCCAAUUCAGAGUUCUUGAUGCUUCAAGGUACAUUGCUUCGAUUCGAUUCUCAUUGUUUUGUUGACUCGACAAAGAAGAGAUGGGUUACCUGCAUAUUGUUGGACUCAUAUUUCAUUUUGGUUUUGGUGACAUUGUUAGUCUCAUUGUAUUGACAUUCGACACAGAUUUAUUGGUUGCUUUGUUUUGUGCAACUGAUGUGUAUUCCCUAUCCUUGUACUCUCAGCUUUCCUCAUUUUGAGUUUCCUAUAUCAGCAAGGAAAAGUUUAUAGAUUGUUACCCAACAUUGGCAUAUGAAUGAAAAAGAGCAUCUACU